CAGUUCAAAUAGUGUCGCUACAGGGAAGAUGGCGGUAGUAUCCUUGAUGCUGCGAUCGGCGUUUCGGCAGUUCUUCCCCAUGCCAUGUGCUGGUCAAAUAAGAGGUUAUUAUGUGGACUGGAGGAUGGUACGUGAUGUUAAGAGAAGAAAAAUGGCUUUUGAUUAUGCAGAUCAGAGAUUACGGCUGAAUUGCAUUAGGAAAAAUAAAAUUUUGCCUAAAGAACUCCAGGAAAUUACCGAUAAGGAGAUAGCUGAUCUGCCCCGAGAUAGUUGCCCUGUGCGGAUCCACAAUCGAUGUGUUCUGACAUCCCGACCUAGAGGUUUGAAAAGGAGAUGGAGGCUCAGCCGAAUUGUCUUCCGCCAUCUGGCUGACCAUGCCCAGCUCUCUGGGAUACAGAGGGCAAUGUGGUGAGCUGCAAGCAAGUAAUCUUUUCAAACAUUACAAAACUGAGUCCUGAUUGAAAAUUCCUGAAUAUAAUUCAUGGUAUGCAAGAAUGAGAGAUGGUGAAUGCUAAGCAUGUUGACAAGGAUGUCAGUCUGAUAUUAUGAAAAUGUGAACCUACUUUUGCAGCUUAAGAGAAGACAUAAAAAAUAAACUAUCACUGAUUUGACACUGGUUC